AUGGGUGGCGAUGGGAGACAGGAGUUGAAUCAGUUUCCGGGCAUCACGGCGGAGGAUGCUGCGAGGCUGGCAGCGGCAAGGCUUCAGGAGACGACGCAUCACGACCCGGGAUGGUACAGGGUGUCGGCGAUCCGCAGCAUCACCGGCGGUCGCCGCGUCAUGCCGACGAUGGAGGAACGCCUGCAGGACGUUUACGACUUGCUAAAGAAGCACGCCGCCGGCCAACCGGAGGAGGUAGAGGGCGCUGACAGUCCGGACGUCGUUCCCAAGGUGCUGCCGGUCGUCGAAUCUAACGACGCCAUCGUUGAGUUCGCCGUCUCUUCGUACGCGGUGAUGGAGAGCGUCAGUACGGUCAGCAUCAUUGUCUGUCGCCACGGCAACACGCAGAACACCGUCAUCGUCAGGCCCAACUCAUCUCUCUCCCUCGUUGUUACAGAGCCGGGUGUGUUUGAGUUUGAGCGGCCGAGCGUGCUCGUCAAGGAGAGUGUCGGCGUGUCACAGGUUCCCGUCGUGCGCAAGAACGGCGCAGACGGACGCGUGACGCUCAACUGGCGUUCACGUAGCAAGUCCGCCAUCGACGGCAAGGACUUCAUAGGCGGCGAGGGCACGGUCACGUUCGAACACGGAGAGCUGAAUAAGAUGAUAGAGAUUCCAAUCAUAAACGACCAGGAUGUGGAGAAGGAUGAGAACUUUGAGCUGGUGCUUUACGGAGCCUCCGCUGGCGCCACCCUCGGCCCGACGAAGAGAACCAUAGUAACCAUCGUCAACGACGACGACUUCAACUCGAUGGUGAGCCGUGUCGUGAUGAUGACGAAGGUAAACAUGGACUCGCUGCGCGUCGGGUCUGACAGCUGGCAGUCUCAAUUCCACGACGCGAUGAACGUCAAUGGCGGCGACGUCGAGAACGCGACGCCGUUCGACUACCUCAUGCACUUCUUCACGUUCGGCUGGAAGAUCCUGUUUGCGCUCAUACCUCCCCCGACGAUCCUCGGCGGCUGGCUGUGCUUCUGCAUCUCCCUCAUGAUGAUCGGCAUCCUCACCGCCAUCGUAGGAGACCUCGCAGGCAUCUUUGGAUGUCUGAUUGGUCUAGAUGACUCGGUGACCGCCAUCACGCUCGUGGCGCUCGGCACCAGUCUGCCGGACCUGUUUGCCAGCAAGCAAGCGGCGACCAUGGAGCGAUACGCCGACAACUCUAUCGGGAACGUGACAGGGAGCAAUUCCGUAAACGUUUUUCUCGGUCUAGGACUGCCGUGGGUCAUUGCGUCUAUCUACUGGGCUGCUCAGGACAAACCGUUCAACGUGCCGUCGGGAUCGCUCACCUUCAGUGUCGCCCUCUACACGAUAGCCGCGGUCAUCUGCAUCUCGCUGCUGCUGCUGCGACGCUACGUGCCGGUGUUCGGCGGGUCCGAGCUCGGGGGACGCGUGCCGCAAAAGUACGCCACCGCGGCCGUCCUCAUCACCCUCUGGUUCACCUACGUCGUGCUGUCGUCGCUGAAAGUCUACGGACACAUCCUCCUGUGAGCGGCGGCGGUGGCGGUGGCGCCCUCUGGCUCACAUACGUCGUGCUGUCAUCGCUGCAAGUCUACGGACGCAUCGUCCUGUGAGCGGCGGCGGUGGCGGUGGCGCCCCCUGGCUCACAUACGGCGUGCUGUCCUCCCUGCAAGUCUACGGACGCAUCGUCCUGUGAGUGGCGGUGGCGCCCCCUGGCUCACCUACGUCGUGCCCUCACGCAGUGUUCGUCGCGUGAUUUGGGUAUGCACGAGCUAAACCAGUUCGAAGACACACAGUCAAGUGAGGGAGACAGUCAGAGACAGUCAAUACAGUCAGAGUCUGUGUUAGCGGUGAACCUAAUAAAAUCAGGGGUAGAUGGUAAUGACAAUUGUUUGUCAUUAUCUACGCCCGAUAAACCGGACACCGCCAAUAGAAUGGACACCUGUCUAUAAAGGACAGUAUCGACGUUUCCCUCGAGCGGCAGCCUCACCUCGAAACUACAUCUCGGCGCGGCCCCCGAAUUAAUUAAUUAAUUAAUACGAUUUAAUUAAUGCUAUCGAAUUAGUUCUUUCACAAACAAUACUCAUUGCAUCGUCGCGGCGGCCAUGAUUGAACGUCGACGUAACCAAGUCGCGCCCGCUCCGCUGGUGCCGUGUGAGCGAGACCUAGGGGCGAUUCGACCUUGCACGACCUUGCUCUGCGUGUAAUUUCUGAAGCGGCGGUUUCUAGAUCAAUAUUUAUUCUCUAUAGGCCUAUCUCUCUAAUGUCGGUGGGUAAUCCAUAUCCCAGUUGUGCGCAUGUACUCGUGCACGCGUUUGUCGACAGUAUUUCGUGGGUUUUUUUUAUAUGGCGAAACGGAGGUUUUCCUGUACGGUUUAACCUUGUCGUUUCCCCGUGCACCGCGCAUACGUGCGCGUUAGCAGUGAGCAGGUGACUAGACCGAGUCCCUGUAUAUAAUGUACAUACCCUAGUACCGUGAAGAUAUCUGUGUAAACGUGUAGUUAUGUUCAGAUGUCAUGUGUUAUGAGGAGUGAAUGAUACUAGAUACUCUACUAUUAUUAUAUAAUAGAUAUCUCUACUAUUAUUCACUCCUGAUGCCAUCGUGAACAUGCGUAUUCUCAGCGAAGAGAUUGAAUCUUCUCAUUGAGAGAAGUACGUGUAUUCUCAAGAGAAUACAUGUGUUACAACGUGAUGUUAUAUAUAGAGCAUCGAUCUUUAUGUAGUUUCGUUAAGUUUUGUAUACGGGGGCUGUUGUGCUUUUCACUUCUAGCGUUUCUCCCCGCGGAUUGUUGCAAGUCGCUUUACGUUGCAUGACGGGGACAUCAUAUACGGUCCGUAGCAGUUCUGUUGAUGGCGAUCACUAUUAUCUCGCGGUGUCCAAUUCUUGCGCAAUGACUCUUUAUUAAUCGAAUUAUAUCGAAUUCUUCUUCUCAGACGUUCACGCGACAAAUAGUAACGAACAUGAUCGCCAGGUGGCGCUCUCGCUUGUUCCGUGUAUCCACAUGCAGUGUAUUUUUGUAAUGUAGCUUAUAUAAUAUAAAAAACAUAUAACUAUUUUUUAAGGGAUGGGAUGGAUGUGUUGUUGUCUUAGUCAUCAGCUUCACCCAUUACCAUGUAUAUGCAUGAACAUCUGUAUACUCAUAUAUGUGCAAUAUGAAUUUAAUAUGCUGAUUGCUAAAGCAAAGGUGGAACUUUUGAAUGGAAAAUACUCUAAACGCGUUGUUCACUACAACUUUGGACGUAUAUAUCUAAGAGAUAUAUUGGAAAAAUGUGUAUGAAUUUUGUAUGAACUACAAUGGUAAUGUGGGUUAAUGUGUAUUACAUUAUGAUCACAUGCACCCUGGUGGUGGCUUACGUAAUAUCACCAUGAACAUGUCUGUGCAAUAUACUAUAAUACUUACAAUAUAUAAUGAUUGUAUAGAUAUUUUCAUGUUUUAACCAAUAAGCUACAGAACUCUCUUUUAUCUUAGUUAUGGUAAUUCCGAAGUUGGUUAUCUAGUUCCUGGAAUACCAGUCACAUAACUGAAAAUCGAGGCCAUUAGGCAAAUAGGUAGGGUGCUCUAUUUAUAAGAAGUAUUUGAGAAGUAUUACUAAUGUUUGAGAGAAAAACAAACCCUCUAUACACGGGUGCAUAAAACAAGCCUGAACAUCUCUAUACAGUACGGAGUGAACAAAAACAGUUAUAUAGUAUUUAAAUGUUGUUUUAUGGCAAUAUUUAAUUGUUUUUUGUUUUUAUUUGCACCUGGUGAGGUUUAACACCAAGGGUGUAGAUAUACAUACAUAACUGUAUACCUAGUAUACAUCCGCGUAUAGCUCCUUGUUUAACACAACGAAUCCAUUAUGUACAUGCCUCGUGAGGUUAUGCACCCGCGUGGCAUGUACAAUAAAUGUGUUGUGUUGGUGUUAGACUUGCAUUGUGUUUUCAACUUGAAUGAGCAGGGUUUUGUUUUUAGAAUUGUUUACAACAAAUAGAAAGGUAGGCCUACAUACACAAAAUGCGUUGUGUUCGUAUGUGCAUGUACAGUAUUUAUUAUGUUGCUUAAAAAGAUUACGAUUGACAGCA